UGUGGCAAAAAAGAAGAAAAGAAAUUAUUGGUUGUUCAGAAACACAAUACCGCAGAAUGUGGACAGUGGAACAGUUCGAUCGUGAGUUUAUGGCUGGUUCGGUUAGCGGUUCUGGUCUGGUGUUAUUCUGAAGUUUUAAUCAUACCGAUACUGUCUUUGUUACAUGUAUCAGUAAUCCGAAAAGACAGAAAAAGAUACAAGCAUACUCUGCCAACCUGACGGACUAACACAAUCCAAAGUUUUACCUGUUAGAACUGUUUAGUUUGAUUCAGAAUGAACGUGCCGAAAAGCGGUUAUCGUGUCUUUUCUGCCAACUCCACUGCGGCAUGCACCGAGCUGGCGAAGAAGAUUACCGAGCGUCUUGGUGUGGAGUUGGGCAAGUCUGUUGUUUACCAGGAGGCAAACAGAGAAACUAGAGUUGAUGUCAAAGAGUCUGUUCGAGGCCAAACAAUUUUUAUCAUCCAGACUAUUCCCAGAGAUGUUAACACAGCGAUCAUGGAGCUGCUAGUCAUGGCGUAUGCUCUUAAGACCUCCUGCGCCAAAAACAUUAUUGGGGUCAUUCCUUAUUUUCCGUAUAGCAAGCAGUGCAAGAUGAGGAAGAGGGGAUCCAUAGUGUGUAAAUUGUUGGCAUCCAUGCUUGCCAAAGCAGGUUUGACACAUAUCAUCACUAUGGACCUGCAUCAAAAGGAGAUUCAGGGUUUCUUCAGUUUUCCUGUCGAUAACCUGCGUGCUUCUCCAUUCCUUCUACAAUACAUUCAAGAGGAGGUCCCUGAUUACAGAAAUGCCAUUAUUGUUGCAAAGUCUCCAUCUGCUGCAAAAAGGGCUCAGUCAUAUGCGGAGCGGCUGCGUCUGGGCCUGGCUGUUAUUCAUGGGGAGGCUCAGUGUUCUGAAUCAGACAUGGCAGAUGGACGACACUCUCCUCCUUGCGUGCGCAACACUUCAGGUCACCCAGGCCUUGAGCUGCCAUGCAAGCAACAAGCUCCGUUCCCAGGCAUAGAGCUUCCAAUAAUGAUGGCCAAGGAGAAACCACCCAUUACAGUGGUGGGAGAUGUAGGUGGACGCAUCGCAAUCAUUAUUGAUGACAUCAUUGAUGAUGUGGAAGACUUCGUGGCAUCAGCAGAGAUCCUGAAAGAGAGAGGAGCCUAUAAGAUCUACAUCAUGGCCACCCAUGGCCUGCUGUCAGCUGAUGCACCACGCCUCAUUGAGGAGUCCGCCAUAGAUGAGGUGGUGGUGACAAACACUGUUCCCCAUGAGGUGCAGAAGCUGCAGUGCCCGAAGAUUAAGACGGUGGAUGUGAGCAUGAUCCUGGCUGAGGCCAUCCGCCGAAUCCAUAACGGCGAGUCCAUGGCCUACCUGUUUCGCAACAUCACUGUAGACGAUUAGGAUUAGCAUUGAUCUCACUGUGGAAGGGAAGUCAUUACAAAGUUUGAAGAGGUUCUUCCUUUUCUUUUGCAUGUGCUAAAAGUGCCAGGUUUUCUAAAAUGUGUUGUUAGACCAAUAAUAUGAUAUAAACUUCUUAAGGCCAGGUCAAACAAGUUACAUUUUAGAAACUGACAGUUGUUGCAGUAUGAAGGCAAUCUCUUUUACACUUGUGCAAUACUAUAAGCUAUGUAGCUUUAAAAGGGUGCAACAGUACUUGAGAUAUACAGUGGGGCAAAAAAGUAUUUAGUCAGCCACCAAUUGUGUAAGUUCUUCAAAUUAAAAAGUUGAGAGAGGCCUGUAAUUUUCAUCAUAGGUAUACCUUAACUACAAGAGACAAAAUAAGAAGAAAAAAAAAACCAGAAAAUCACAUUGUAGGAUUUUUAAAUAAUUUAUUUGCAAAUUAUGGUGGAAAAUAAGUAUUUGAUCAGUAACAAAAUUUCAUCUUAAUACUUUGCUAUGUACCCUUUGUUGGCAAUGACUGAGAUCAAAGGUUUUCUGCAAGUCUUCACAAGGUUUUCACACAUUGUCGCUGGUAUUUUAGAUGAAAAUUACAGGCCUCUCUCAUCUUUUUAAGUGGGAAAACUUGCACUGUUGGUGGCUGACUAAAUACUAUUUUACUCCACUGUGUGUGUGUAUGUGUGUGUGUAUAUAUAUAUAUAUAUAUAUAUAUAUAUAUGCAACGGUCCUGAUUGUUGCUUGUAGAAAUAAUGUUAAAUAAAGCCAUUUGUUCAAAAUUGGUUUGCUUACACUAAAUUAAUUGAUUAUGACUAUUGGUUUAUUUCAGAAGGCUAUUGAAAAAAAUUAUCUAAUAUUAGUGCUUGAGCCAACUUGACCUAAAAAUAUAAGCAUUUAGCUCUUUAUUUAAAAAAUGUAAAGAAAAACCUUUCACUUCUUUCCAUGUGGUUUUUAGGUCUUCUUAUUGUUGUGUUCCUAUACUUUGCGUCUUGUGCACUGCGGUAGGGCCAUUUUCUAACAUUACCAAGGUUAUUUGUUUAUACUGAUGUGUGAAAGUUAAUGUCUUUACACAUGUUCUUUGUAAUGUCUCACCCAUCACUUCCACUUCCUAUUUAGAACUCAUUCCUUUUGUUUGACGUUCAGGCAGGUGGCGAGUGAGGUGACUCUGUGACAGGGACAGCUGUUGCUCUGACAACCAUAUUCAAAAUGUAGUUCCUUGUUAUUCUUUUUUUACCUAUUGGUUUUCCCCAACUCAUCCGGGCUGCAUUCCAGUUAUCGAAAUUGACAAUAUGUUUUGUGAAGUUAUGUCACUGAAUUUGAUUUAUAACCAUAUUUUUGUAAAUAAAGAGAAUGGCUGA